CCUUAACAAUAUGAACAAUAAGCAACAACAGCAAUCAAAACUCCGAUGAGAAACAAACAACUUUUUGAUUUUUCUGUUACUCAAAAAGCAACACUCGUAGGUAUCUUGUUCAUUAGCACCUUCAAAAAGCAAAAAACAGAAACAAUGAAACAUAACAUGUUUUUGUUUAUGUUUAUAAAAAUGUUUUACACAAUACUAUUGGGAUCGUCUGCCAGUUCAAAUCAGAUUUUGAGUUCUUCAUUCGGACCUUUCAAAUUGGUUUUCAAACAGGUUUAUAAUUGCAAUCCUACGAAGAACAAUAAAAUUCAACAUAACAUAUACUUAAGUCACAAAAACAAUUCAACAUGGCUUCUAGGAAAUUCUACUCUUGAAGUACCUCUUGACGACACAUUAUUCUUGGAAAUUAAAAUGGCUCUCAAAGACGCAUCUGGAAUUUGGAAAGAAAAUACAUUUACGCAUAAAACACCCAAGGCUUGUUCAUCGUUUAAAACAGCAAUGGGAAACAUGUGGACUCCAUUCAUAAAUGGUAUAGGAUUUAAAAACACCGAUUGUCCAAUACCCCCGGGUAUAUAUGUUGCUCCAGGUUUUGAUUUGUCAAUGUUUAUGAGCACCAAUUUCCCAAAAGUAUUUAUCUAUGGAACAUACAAAAUACAUAUGUAUUAUUCACGUAGAACUGCAAUUUUUGGAUGUAUAGUUUGCAUUAUGGAAUUUAAGCGUAUUUGAAAUUUAUUUCUUUCCUAUUUACUACGAUAUCAACGGUCUAUUAAAUAUCUGAAUUUUAAAAAUUGAUUGUUUUUUUAAA